UUUAUUCCAUCCGCGUCGUCUUCUUCGGAAUUGUCGCCCCAGCACGAACUCCAGCGACUUGUAUCGUGGAUCUCCUCUCAGAGCCCUCUACCACGGUGCUGCCCUUCUAAUCCUCAUCCCCGCUUUCGAACUCGGCUUUCCUUCUCGAUUCUGCAGCAAAAGAUCGGAUCGAACAAAUGCCAGAAGAAGAUCUGAUCGAGCUCAGGUUCCGGCUGUACGAUGGAUCGGACAUCGGUCCGAUCUGUUACUCCUCUUCUUCCACCGUCGCCAUGCUUAAGGAAAGGAUAAUCGCUGAAUGGCCGCGAGAUAAGAAGAUUGUUCCGAAGGUGGCUAAUGAUGUGAAAUUAAUAAGUGCCGGCAAAGUGUUAGAGAACAACAAGACCAUUGCACAAUGCAGAUCCCCUUUUGGUGAAAUUCCCGCUGGGAUUAUCACCAUGCAUGUCGUCGUACAACAAUCCUCGUCUAAAAUUAAAACAGAAAAGAAGAUUGAGGAAUCGCCGAAGAAGACUUUCUGCUCUUGUUCGAUAUUGUAGAACGACGAGUCACUUGUAGCACGCCAACAAAAGACGUUCUUUGCUUGAAGGAAGCUGCUGCCAUCUCUCUAGUCUGUAAGCUUUUGCACAAUUGUUGUCUACGUACGUUUGCUAUUUCUACUAAAGCAGCUAGAUCUACAUUCAUUCCGCAACACGCAAAGAAAGUGCCGCAGAAGAAAAUGUGAGCCCUUAUUGUCUCUAAUUUACCUUUGCUGACUCCUACUCCUAGUUUAGUACGAUUCUUCUAGUUUGUAAUUCUACAAGGACCUUGUAUUCAAAAUUAAACCAUAUCGAUCUGUGUUCAUCGGCGUACUCA